AUGUCGGCGAAGCCGCCACAAACCGCGUCGACUCCUCUCAAACCUGAUGCGUUUCGGCAUUACAUGCGCCACCAUCCUGAUCAGCAUUUUGUAAGUGUGGUUGUUGAUAUGAUCACUAAUGGCGCAGAUAUUGGUUAUUUCGGUCCUGUUUGUUCUCGUUUUACCGCUAACGCUAAAACUGCACGCGAUCACCAUGACGUUCUGCUCAAAGCUAUCGAAAAAGAAGUUUUGUUGGGACAUACAGUCGGCCCUUUUACUAAGCCGCCAUUUACGCAUUUUUCUAUCAGUUCACUCGGCGUGCGUGAAAAGAAGCCGAGUGGACAUCGAGUUAUCCUUGAUUUAUCCAGGCCAGUUGGCAACAGUGUCAACGAUUAUAUCGAUGCUGAAGCGUAUACGGUAUCUUAUUGUGCAGUUGACGAUGCCGUUCAGCUACUGACACGUAUGGGAAUUGGGGCGUUAAUGUGUAAACAGGAUAUUAAGCAUGCAUUUCGCUUAGUACCUGUGCGUCCUGCCGACUGGCCUUUGCUAGGCUAUAAAGUUGGAAACCACUAUUAUUACGAUAUUGUUCUGCCAUUUGGUGGAAGAUCGUCUCCGCGUCUUUUUUGCAUGAUAUCUGAUGCCUUACAUUGGAUUGUGGCAAAUGUUUCGGGAAAAUUUAGCAUUUUGCAUUAUGUGGACGAUUUUUUCAUUGUUGAACUUACGGUGGAGGCCUGUCAGUUUAUCGUUAACCUGUUGCUGCAAAUUGCUCAAGAUCUUGGUAUUCCAUUUUCACCUGAUAAAGCUGAAGGUCCUUCCACCUGUUUGCCAUUUCUUGGUAUCAUUCUGAACUCAGUAUCACAAACUUUAUCCCUCCCAGCGGCACAGUCUAUUUGCUCCAAGACUGAACUUCAAAGUCUGAUCGGCUCUUUGCAGUUUGCCGCAAAAUGCAACAGUCUACCAUUUGAUGCAGCAUCAUAUUUCCGCGUCAACUAG